AUGAUGCAAGCGCAAGAACAGAUGCCUUCUCGGGCUACCGUCGGCAUGCCUUUGCGAGCCCAUCUCCUGCCCGAAGGAAUCGAAACUCUCAAUCUUGCAUUGUGGCUGCUUGGCCAACCUUUUGCAUCUUUCCCAAAAGAUGACACACUCUUUCUCGAUCCCGUCACACAGGCUAGUGUCAGCUUCAGCGAAGUGGACGAACGCUCGCAGCACUUGGCAAAUCAGCUAGGCUUUGUACCUCGAGAUCAUACUUCAGAUCUGACGAACACGCGCGGCGUCGUACUUCUGCAUUAUCCCAACUCGAUAGAGCUUGUCCUGCUCGUCCUUGCCGUGCUACGGGCAGACUACACGGUCACCUUUGCUGCCCCGUAUGCCACCGCUGAGGACAUUGCCUGGAUUGUGCAGCAAAGCCAGCCCUGUGCCAUAUUUACCCAUCUUGAUGCGCCUCAAGAUCAACUUGCGCUCUUUGGCCACCUGGACCAGACCACCCGCCUUUUCGGCAAGAAUCAGUAUUCUGCCAUGUAUAAUGGUCCUUAUGGACGCAAAGUCUACAUCAAGCCGAGGCAAGACAAGAUCGCGUUUAUUCUCUGGACUUCAGGCACAACUGGCAAACCCAAAGGCUUGCUCUAUUCGCAUCGUGCAGCCAUCCAUGCUACGCUCGAUCUCGUGCAUGGCAAUGAUCACUUCUUGUCACACGAAACUUGGAUUGCAUUCGUUCCGCUGCAACACUCUUUCGGACUAAGUAAUGUGCUCUGGGCAAGUCUCGCCCUCGGAGCCAAAGUAAUUCUCAUGACAAAAUACAACCCUAAUACUCUGCUCCAACUUGUACAGCAGUACCGAGCGACUGCGUUACACAUGGCUCCACCCGUCGUGGCAAUGCUCGCUAAUUCCCCACUUGUAGAUCAAUACGACUUAUCAUCUGUGCGCAUGGCCAUCUCUGCUGGCGCUCCCUGCCCUUCCGAGCUGGUCCAUGCCGUGCAUCGUAGACUGAAAAUACCUGUUCUCAUGGGCUACGGCAUGUCAGAAACAACAGGCUUGACUUCCCAGACACUUGCGCCUUGGUCAAAGUUCAGACGGACAAUCGGCACAGUUGGCUCACCUCUGCCUGGCGUACGAGUCAAGAUCGUAGAUUCGAAUGGUCAGACACUGCUCGCCAAUCAGGAAGGCGAAAUACUUGUAAAGACAGCAUCGCUCAUCUCUGGCCAGAUUGGCGCACCAGGUCGACCGAUCUGGUUCGAAAGCAAUCAGUGGUAUGCUACUGGCGAUCUUGGAAGACUACAAUCUGGUCGAUUGACCAUCACUGGCCGUUUGAAAGAGAUGAUCAAGGUGAAAGGUCAUCAAGUCUCUCCAAGCGAGCUCGAAGGAAAGAUCUCACAUCAUCCUCUGAUAGCCGAUGCCGCUGUCAUCGGAUCUUACAACCGCGAAGAAGCGAGCGAGUAUCCUCGCGCCUUCAUCGUUCCGAAAGAUCUCACACUACUCGAGAAUCCUGAUCAGGCAGAACGAGCGGUGCAUGACAUAGCUCUGUUCAUCGAGAAGCAGUGUCCUCAGAAACAAUGGCUUCGCGGCGGCGUUGUGCUGACGACUUCGAUUCUGCGAUCUCCGGCUGGCAAAAUACUUCGUCGGAUGCUCGAUGAUCAUGCAAAGCAGAAUGUCUCAUUUGAAUACGCGCUAUACCAGCAUGGCGUGCGAACACCUUCAGUUGUACCGGCAAAGCUGUAG